GCUGAGAACCGACAAAGACUAUCAGCUGAUGAGCGUAGAAGGGAAUACUAUGAAGAACAAAGAAAUGAAUUUGAGAACUAUGUGGAGGAGGAGCAAGAUGAGCAAGAAGAAAGGAGCCGUGAGCAAAUUGAUCAGUGGCGCCAAUGGCAUUAUGAUGGACUGUCGCCAUCCUACCUCUACCAGCGCCAAAAUAUUUAAGGUCUAAUAGGAAUAGAGACCAACCUAAUAUUUUGUGUUAAUAAAAACGAUUCUCUCAGUAAAAAUUAUAAGUGAUCUGCAAGCCUUAACAUACAUGCGCUGCAGAUGUGAAAUAUCCCAGAUUUUUAGAAUAAAUUUUAAAGAGUCUUUUAAAAUGUGUUUUGUGCAGUUAUAGAAUAAGUUAUACUAAUGUUUAUGGACCAUUUGUUUAGCUUGCAUACUAGUUCUCGAGUUGUAAAAUUUUGUCUCUUACCUUUAACUUUUUUCCUAGCAAUAUCUAGGCAUCUUUCUGUACAUUUUAUAACUAAUUCAAUACAAUUAGGUUAUAUUUUAUAACGUUCAGUAAUAUGCUAUUUUCAGGACAGGGCAAAGGAAAAAAUAAGCAGAAAUUCUAAUGUUUAAAAAAAAAAAAAAAAAGUGUGUGUGGUAUACAAACCUAAAUAAGAUAAUAAAAAGUAUUGUAACAUGCCUCUGUUGAAUAAAUACAUAGUAGCACCA